CUUCACCUCCAGGCUGUGAUGCAGCGCGCGGCGCGAACACUGCUCAGUCGAUGCUCCGCUGAGCGCUACGCCUGACAGUCUUUUACACGCGCUGCUUUGCACUUUCAAAACACUGUCAUGGCUUCGUGGCGAGAAUAAUCAACGGUUUCGGGGUUUUUUGUCCAACUUCGCCUUUGUGCUUAAUUCGCGCGAGUUGUUUGUCAGAUUGAGUCCAUAAUACAGAAUGAAGAGGAACGACUGCCCUUUCAGCAGGGUUACCACUGACGCCUCACUUCCCUGAGCUGAUGGAGGGGAAAAUAAGAGGCUAAUUGACUUCUUUUUGGUUGUAGAGGUAAAGGAACAAGAGGUGAACGGCGGGAAGGUGCUACCAUGGAGGGCCUUGUCUGAGGUGGAUUCAUCAUUGUACUCCUAAUUGACAUCUGAAUUAGCAUAACAUUUGAGUAGUAGCAAUCAUGACUGAAAGGGUAACCUUCGGGGCUCAGAGGGUCUCACGGCCACAGGGCUCACUCCCGCCAGAACCCAUCGACAUUAUCCGGACAAAAGCCAGAUCCAGAAGAGUCCGGAUCAAUGUGGGUGGGCUGGUCCAUGAGGUGCUAUGGAGAACCCUGGACCGACUGCCACGAACCCGUCUGGGGAAACUCAGAGACUGCAAUACCCAUGAAACCUUAAUGGAGAUCUGUGACGACUACAGUCUAAAUGAUAAUGAGUAUUUCUUUGACAGGCACCCAGGUGCCUUUUCCUCCAUUUUAAACUUUUACCGGACUGGCAAGCUACACAUGAUGGAAGAGAUGUGCGCUCUGUCUUUUGGUCAGGAGCUUGACUACUGGGGCAUCGAUGAGAUCUAUCUGGAGUCGUGUUGCCAGGCACGGUACCAUCAGAAGAAGGAGCAGAUGAAUGAAGAGCUGAGGAGAGAGGCUGAAACUCUCAGGGAGAAGGAAGGAGAUCAGGUGGACACGGGCUGCUGUCCAGACAAAAGGCAGAAGCUCUGGGAUUUGCUGGAGAAACCAAGCUCUUCUGUAGCUGCCAAGAUUCUGGCCAUAAUAUCAAUUCUGUUCAUCAUCCUUUCAACCAUUGCACUGUCACUGAACACCUUGCCGGAGUUACAAGUGACCGAUGAAUUCGGACAAUCCAACGACAACCCAAACCUGGCCCACGUUGAAGCCGUUUGCAUCGCCUGGUUCACUAUGGAGUACCUUCUCCGAUUUUUGUCUUCUCCCAACAAGUGGAAGUUCUUCAAAGGGCCACUGAAUGUGAUUGAUCUGCUGGCUAUCCUUCCUUAUUACGUCACAAUAUUCCUCACAGAAUCCAACAAGAGUGUCCUCCAGUUCCAGAAUGUGCGCAGGGUAGUUCAAAUCUUCCGGAUCAUGAGAAUCCUGAGAAUCCUGAAACUCGCGAGACACUCGACUGGUCUUCAGUCUCUUGGGUUCACUCUGAGAAGAAGCUAUAAUGAACUCGGACUUCUGAUAUUGUUUUUAGCCAUGGGCAUCAUGAUCUUCUCCAGUUUGGUGUUCUUUGCUGAGAAAGAUGAAGAUGCUACGAAAUUCACCAGUAUUCCCGCUUCAUUCUGGUGGGCAACAAUUACCAUGACAACUGUAGGUUAUGGGGAUAUCUAUCCCCAAACCCUUCUGGGCAAAAUAGUGGGUGGUCUCUGUUGUAUCGCUGGCGUGUUAGUGAUUGCUCUGCCCAUUCCCAUUAUUGUGAACAACUUCUCUGAGUUCUACAAAGAGCAGAAGCGACAAGAAAAGGCUAUCAAACGAAGAGAAGCGCUUGAGAGGGCCAAGAGGAACGGA